CUUUCGCACCAUACCACCAUAAAUCUGAUUAUGGCUCACAUACAAUCCAUCUGCCCACAUACACAUAUUUAGAUUUACAUACAACAUCGCCUUUGGAUAAUAGACACCCAGCGAUCCGUACGCUUGUCCUUAUCUGUCCUGUCCAAAAUGCCACCUCCAGCUAGCAACGAGGGCAACGAACCUCUAGUCUUCCCCGACAUCAGUAUCCCGAAUCCGGCUACAAUUGCUUCAAAUUCGUUGUCAAGUCUUGUCAAAACAUGGAUCUCUGAGGCGGAAAGGUUCCCGGAAUGGGGAUAUCACCACAAAAUGGUCAUCACCAUGGGCGUCGUAGCCAUUGGACUGGUGGCUUUCUUCAUCAGGAGGUCGCAGCAGUACCAGAAGGAACUCGAAGCGAUGGUCAAAGAAGCCAAAAGCCAAUGAUGGUCACGGCAUGCCCGGAAGGGAAAGCCGCUGAGUUUGGAAUGAGCGUUGCAAUGAUGUCUCAUUCCUCAAUUCUGCAAGCCCAUUCUUUGGGGGGAGGUUUGAAGAAGCCUGAAUCAUGUAACCUUAUAUGGAAAUGCGGUUUCACGGGUAUCAGGGUCCAACAGAGGAAGACAUCAGAUAAACCUUCUCUUGAAUCGCCUGUGUCUGCACAGACGAAGAACGUUACAGACUCGAAUGACAGGUGCUUGUUUGGAAUGCAAAC